UUAAAAUUAAAAGGCGUGGUCAAUCAGAAUUUUUUUCUGCUUUUGCAGCAGUGCAGCAGCCUCUAUCUCUCAGCGAUUGGAGAGAGAAAAAAAAGGAGAUAAAGAGGAGGCCAGAGGAUGUCUGUGAUCCCGAUAUCUAAUAUAUCAGACGUCACGUGGUGUACUCUCCUCAAUGACACGAGCAAAGUCUUUUGUGUGAUCAUGCAAACAUACACUAUACCCCACUCAAAAGUUCGUCUCUACGAUGUCUUUAUUUUAUUCUGUAAUGUUAUUUUUGUAAUAUUUUUACUCUUGCAAAUUGUACCGACUGUGAAGAAACUCCGACUAACGUGGCCGCUAUUCAGUAUCCUUUACUGCCUGAUAUUUUUGAUACCAGUCGUUUGCAGCAUAAGAGGGAUUCUGGCCAUGAUUCUUGGUCACCAACACUUAGCAGCUAAAUUAUUGCACUAUAUCUUAAGAGGGAUUAUACUAGCUACAGAAAUAUCUGUUGUUGUAUUUGGUCUUGCAAUCAAAUUUUUUAUUGAUUCUCGAUUAAAGUUAACAGUGACAGUCCUCAUUAUUUCUUUGAUUUCACUUAUUUUUACGACAACUCAAUGUUUGUUAGAUGUCCUUAAAGUUUAUUAUCCUCUUGUGUGUGAAACACACGGUCUCUUCACUCAUGGAGGGAUGCUCUUCACCUUUACUUACUCUACCCUUUUCGCUAUUAUUUAUUGCUUAAUAUUUUGCCUUUAUGUUUUUCGUUUGUACCAGAAAUGGAACCUCCCUACAAAGAAGUCUUUUUAUCGCUAUGCACUUUUCCUAUCAUUUGUUAAUACAGUUCAGUCUGUUAGUAGCAUGCUUUGGUUCUAUGGCACAAAGCAUCAAGUGAUAGGGCAUGUAGGAGUCUGUUUUAUAAUGAUCACUUCACUCACUUACCUUAUAACAUUUGCUCCUGUUGUGUAUUGGAUUUUUUUAAGAAAUUACUUCAGGAUGACAAGAGGGCCUCCUGUCUCAGACACUCCAGACUCCUCAGUUAACAUCAAUAGAGAGGAACCCAGUAGUAGCCCUGGCCCUCGUUGGAAGUGGAAGUGGUCCCUCAGAGGAAAGAAAAGCCACCAAGUGUACAUACCAAUAUAUACUGAUAGUCAGGAGACGUCAAGACUACUCGAUAAAAUGACUCCCAGUUCUGUUGAAAGCUCAUACAGCAGCACUGACAGUAUUGACAGCUGAUGUGUGUAUUUGUUUGACUAAAGCUUCCAAUCAAUAAUUUUUAAAAUGUUA